UCAUUUCUGUCACCUGCAGUGCAGUACAGGAAGCCAAGAUCACCACAGUCCAUCUCUACAGCUUCCUGAGUGUUGACAGCAGGUAUCGAGAAUUCAUACUCUUUCAGUCAACAUCAAAAUGAAGAUACUUUGUCUGAUUAUGCUUUUUCAAGCAAGUCUUCAACUCCGGUGUGAUAAAAGAAAAAUCACAGCACAUAUUGGAGGUGAAUUCAUUCUUAUCUGCACUUAUGACACAAACCCAUUCCGGUACAGUAAGAAGUACUGGUGUCGAGGGGACUCCGGAGACACCUGUCAGAUUGUGGUGGAUUCAGAAGGCCGUACUAAAAGUAAAAACACACACAGGUCUCACAUUGUAGAUGCAGGAAGAAGAGGGUUGUUUGUGAAAGUCACAGGUCUCCAGUUUGAUGACGCUGGAACCUACUGGGUUGGGAUUGACAAAAUAUAUGCUGACAUCAUGACUUCAGUUAAUGUGGUUGUGACUCAAGUUCCAGUAUCUAAACCUGGACUUUGGCCCUUGAGCUCUCUGGUGGAAAGGUCAACAUGCUGGGGGCAGCAAGUGACAGUGCGCUGUGGUUGUACAAAGGGAACUGCCAUUCAGUACGCCUGGUAUCAAAACACUCACCACAAGGACGUCCUGCUUCACCACUCAUCAGACUUAUGCCUACACUGUGACGCAGUGGAUAAAGACAGCAACUACUACUGCGUUGCCCAAAAUGACGUAAGCAGCCACAGGAGUGACGUCCUCUCUGUGCAGGUUCUGAUGCCUGCAGACAGCGGCUGCAUUUAUGUCAUCAGUAUGCAGGGCCAACCCAUUUAUGACUGUGCGGACAGAAUGAGCACCACCACUGCCAAACCACCACCUUUGACUACCUGCCAGGCAACCGUGAAAAUCCCCACUGACACAAUGAACCAGUCUUUACAAAUCAAUCGCACAGAACGAGAUCUGUUCUUCAGCAGGGCAUGGACAGGGGAGACAUUCUGGUAUUUAUUGCUGCGCUGGGGUUCUUUUGUGUCCAUACUGAUAUUUCUGUGGAUAGUAAUCAUAUGCACAAAACCAAAAAACCAAAGGGUCAAGAGACGUGUAAGGAAGAAGAGGGAUUCUCGCUUCAAGCAAAUCCCCCACGUGGUUAAGUGAACUUCACUCUACAGUGGUUGUUCUGUGGAAGUCGUAUCCGGUCGUGUGACAUUGGUUUGUUGAUUCCAAGGUUCUCUGAUAAUGUGAGUUUUGUGAAGAGCCUGAGUCAUAAUGUACAUAAGCAUGUUUAUCAGAGAGUCUUGCUGUUGUAAUUUAUUUCAAAUGAUAGUUUUCCAGUGCCAGUACCAACACGCACAUGUCAUCUCAAGCCUUUGCCUGUUCUGCCAGGCUUUCUAUUAAAGUUAUUAAAAGAGAGGAAUGAAUGUCACCACAUUUACUCAAAUAAUGAAGCAACAACAAUAACUUUUCCAGUGCCAGCUGGGAAUGAUGAUGACUAAUGAGGAAAGUAUAAACUAGGUGUUGCUCCAUGAUACUCUGUGAAUGUUUCCUAAUUUGUUAGAAUGUGAACUUACUUUCAUCAUCAGCCCGAGGCUUUAUUUCCAUUCUAUUCUUCCAGAUAAACACGUCAUACAGUGGAACAUUAUGAAACAAGGGGCAGACCCCAACCCCCCCCCCCAAAAAAAACAUUU